AUGUCCCCGGUUGCCAUGGCGGCUGCAUGGUGUAUGUACUUGUUACUUCUCACGAGCCUUGCCUAUGUGCUCUCAGCACCAGCUCACACUGGUCAUGAUGGUUCAGAGGCUAAGUCGGACGUACCUGUGGAGCAACUGGAAAAACUAAAAAAUGCGGAGUCCGGCAAGAGCGAGAUGAGCAGCUCACACGUGGAGUAUCACAGGCUGGAUACAGUAGCAUCUAAUGGAGAGCUGGAAUCACGUCUUGAAGAACACGGGUCAGUAGACGCAGAGGGUGGCGAGAAACCACGAGUACAUGGGCAAGCGCAGCUCGACGUGCCAUCUGAAGGCGUACACCGUGUGCUGGUUCAAGAUGGAGCUCAUAUUAGCAUUCAUGACGUUACUGCUUCAACCACCGUUGCUAAUGAAGAAACCACUCCUAAGGUGUUCCACGGAGCAGCCCGCCUUGUACAACCAGGUUCUUCGACCAACAGCAACCCACUGAGCACACAUACUGCAAUCCGCCGCGCAUUUAACACUGAUAUCCCUAAACAAACUAAGAAUAUCAUUGAUCACUACGGAACAUACACUUCUGGCAUACCGUAUUCGCCCCUGGACAUGGCUGAGUAUGUAUUCUGGACUGGAGACGAGCGAGGAGUGACUACUGUCAUUGAGGACUUUCUUCUAGAGGGAAUGAUGUCAAAAGAAGAAGCGAUUAACUUCCUCCAGGAGAUAAAAUUCAACAUCGACUAUCUGCGUACUCAUUACGCGCAGAACUUGAAGGCUGUUGAGGAGAAUACGCAGCAGGAAAAACUGAGAAACAUGCUCAUUGAACAGGCUAAUGCUGGGGAAUACCAGUACCGAAGCCCAGCUCUUCAAACCAUGCCGUUUGGUGGGAACAAUCCCGACAUCAUGCGCAGCCUUGUGUUCAAAAACUGGGAGUUGAACAACAACAUCUCACCAAUUCCCUCACUGCCGGUGACAAAUGACCGCAGACCAGAGCCGUUCAAGCGAACAUAUGAUCCAAGACUUCAGAUUAACUACAUGGGUGCAUCAGACUAUGACCGUGAUGGACCAAUAAACGCCGAGGAAGAAUAUGACGAAAUAAUGGAAAGGCUGAAACCGGCUGAUACUCUCUACCCUGAAUAUACACUCGAGAUAAUUUACCAGCUAGCUAAGAUGAUGUUCUCUCAAUCGCUGUUCCAAGACCCAGCUUCAGCGCGCGCCGCUACUCAGCAGUUCAUGACGUUCCUGGAGCUGGAAGCCGAGAAGGGUCAAAUGUCACGCUCUAUCGAGAAAAAAGUUCUUGAUGUGAUGAUUGCUGCAUUGACAGACACUAUUGCCGAUCAUCCAGACCUUUUACACUCACAUGACUCUUUCGCUAUUAAUCCACCAACCAGGCGAAUGCCGCAAUACUUCAAGCCAAGCCAGUCAGAGCCCGGCAUGUCUCGAGCGGUUCUAGCGGCUUUCAAGGACGAGCUACUCAAAGGACUCACGCAGCGCAAAUUCGCGUACUCCGAGAGAAACUAA